AUGUCUGGCAGAAACUCGCAUGAUGACAGUCGUCACUCGUCGAGACGCUCUUGGGAAGAACCGGCUGAAGAUCAGCAUGAAAACCUCACUCGUUCCGAGCUCAUUGAGAGGUCAUGCGAGGCUAUCGUCGAUGACUACCGACACGGGCGGGUGUCUAACAAGGUACUCGCUCUCAGGCAGAUCGAGGAACAACUCAAUCCUGAAGAAACCGGGCUCUCUGACCGCGAAUACCUGGAGACCAUUAACUCGUACCUCACACUCCUCGAUGACCACGAUUUCUCCCUCCGUCUCGCUGAGCAACGCGCUCAAUCGCGUCGUUCGCCCAGCCCUGCGGGUAACCGACCAGCGGAGGAUUGUGAUGACGAGGAGGAUGAGGAAGAUGAUAACGAGCCUGCCGACUCGUUCGAGGAUACCUUCCACUGGGAGCAGACGCGUUCUUACCGCGCGGCUUGUUCCCUCGACUCCGACCUCGUCCACACGCUCUACUGCUAUAGACUCUGGUCCAAGCGGUAUCGAGACGUGGUUGAUUCCCUCGUCAAUGCGCCCAACUGCCCUCCUUUCCCCUACAAAGAGUGGGCACGCAUUGUUCGUGGAAAGGCCGUUGACCUCGACGCCAUCCUCAGCGGGAUCAACGCGUCCGCGAUCAAUGACGACCGCACCACUUCACUGGGCGACGGAUUUGAGCUUCGAGUUAAACAGCCCAAAACCAGCCGACCGGUCACCACCUCGGGUGACUGGACCUCUGCAUGGAAUCAGGCGAUUUCGGCCUACGUCUACGUGUUCCCCUACCGACGUGAUGAACUCAACCUCUACUCCGACCACAUCAACGGCCUUUUUGGAGCAGUCGGCCCAAGGUACCACCACCUCGUCAUUGCAUACGACAAGGCUGUCCGCACCUAUGUCGAGCAACGUCGUAGCCUCACCCUCGACAACAUUGCCGCUUUCGACUCCAUCAAAAUCUCGCACCUCUUCUCUAUCGGGCUUCACGGCUCCUCUUCUUCCGGGAGUCGUCCUGAGAGCAGUGGAGGGCGCAGCGGGAGCGGUGGAGGCAGCGGCGGAGGAGGAGGAAAGAAAUCCAACGAACCUUGCCACCGGUGGAACAAGGGGACCUGCCCUAACUCCACCAAGUCCUGCACCUACAAGCACCAUUGCGAAACCUGUCACGGGAACCACGUCAGAGCAGACUGUUCUCGGGGCAAGGGGUCUGCUUGA